CGUCGUGCCAAUUAUUUUUUCAUGUAGAAGUAUAAAAUUAUAGAUAUUUUUGAUCGCCUUCAAUUUAAUUUGUUUAAAUCGAGUGAAAAGACAAUCAUGACUCGGGCCCUCGAGUUAAUUCUUAUUUGCCUGUUUUUAUGUACUCAAACUUUCUCGAUGUCGGAAGUUGCGUCGGAGGAAGUAAUAGAAAAUGACGAAGAAGUGAAAAAAAUGUGGUUAGACACUUUAGAGAACGUCAGAUAUUUCACCAGAUUCGUGGCAAAAUUCUUAAAACCCAGACUAAAAAGAUUAGAAAAAGAAGUAAAUAUUACGCAAGAAUGUAAAGAAUCUUUUAAACAGUUUCUGUACGAUCUACAAAAUAAUAAAGUUUGGGCUUUUAAAAUGUUUGAUUCGUGGGGUAAAAUUACACCGGGAAGUAUGAUAGGAAGUUUAACGGAUUAUGGAUCGUAUUACGAAUGUAAAAAUGCUGUUCACGAUACAAAGGAGGCUUUUAGCACAGACUGGAAGAACUUUUCUCCCCGUUAUUGCAUUCUCGAUUAUCGUUUACCUCCACCUUCAGUAGCAAAAGAUAUUUCACCUUUCCAUACAGUUCCCGAUUUUCUUAAUCUUACCGACAAAGAUUCCGUACAGAGUUUUUUGGCCAAUAAAUCUCACCUUUUUACCGAACAUACUUUUAGAAAUGGAAUAUGUGUUCCCUCUUCUUGCAGUUCUGAAGAUAUUCAAAUAGUGUUCAAAAAAUUUUUGAAUAAAAUUGGAAUUGAAGGAAUCGUAAAAGUUAGCCAUUGUGACAGCGAUGCUUCAGUUGCUUUGAGUACAGAACAGAAAGUUGUAAUCAUUUUCAUCUCGAGUUUAAUUUUGCUAUCGAUAAUUGGCACAAUUAUGGAUCUGUUACAAAGACGUGCAAGUAAUUAUGACGUUGAGAAACAGAAUUCUAGUUUGACGAAAAAAAUGUUUUUAUCCUUCUCGUUGUAUACCAAUGCGCAGAAACUAUUUUCUAGCAAGAAAUCUUCUGAUACGUUAACGAUUCUCCAUGGUUUAAGAGUCAUUUCUAUAUCGUGGAUUAUUUAUUCCCAUUCUCAUUUGUAUGUAGACACGCAGUCUAUAGCUGGUAUACUCAUUUAUAAAGAAUUCUUUAAAGAAUAUUUUUAUCAAUUUGUCGCCAAUGGGACACUUUCGGUGGAUACAUUUUUCUUUAUCAGUGGUUUAUUAGUGUCUUAUAACACAAUAACUCUUGUUAAAAAACACAAAAAGAAGUUUAAUAUUCCUGUGUUCAUCAUCUAUCGAUUUUUCAGAUUGACACCGACGUACGCGGUGGUUAUUGGAAUUUUAUUCGUUUUACCAUUGUUGGGUGAUGGACCUGUCUGGAACUUAACUCUUGAUCCGGAAGUUGAAAAAUGCCGUAAAGGAUGGUGGAGAAAUUUAUUAUUUAUUAAUAACUUUAUCGAAAGUCAUAACGGGUGUCUAGAUCACAGUUGGUACUUAGCAACGGAUACACAACUUUACAUGGCAUCAUUAAUAGUAGUAAUACCGCUCAUUAGGUGGUCUACUCUUGGACUUAUAAUUAAUUUCACAUUAUUGAUUCUAUCAAUGAUAGUAACUGCGUUUAUAACUUACUACAUGAAAUUGCCACCAACUGCAUUAGCUUCGGCGUAUCUAAAUCCUAGUGAUCGAUUCCUCGAUUGGUCAAAAGUAUAUUAUAAACCAUAUCCCCACGCUGGAGCAUUUUGCAUUGGAUUAGCAACUGGUUAUUUACUAGUCAAGAAGCCUCAAUUAAAAUUAAGUAAAUGGAUUCUAGUCUUAGGAUGGAUUUGCACUUGUGUCUGUAGUGGCGCAGUAUUGUUUUCUGCCAGAGAUUGGAACGUAGGUCAUAAACCAUCACCGUGGAUCUCGGCUCUUUAUGCAUCUACGAAUCGAACUGUGUGGUCUCUCUGCGUGUCUUGGGUUGUAAUAACGUCUGUGUACGGUUACGGAGGGAUCGUAAGUAAAUUUCUUAGUUGUAAAUUGUUUGCGCCUUUUAGUAGAGUUUGUUAUUGCACUUAUCUUAUUCACCCGUUAAUAUUAUGGGUAUACAACGCUCAAAGACGAGAUACAAUUUAUCCAACUUACUUUAUUUGGAUGUAUAUGAUAAUAGGCCAUAUUGUUUUAUCCUUUGUUUGUGCAUUUGUGAUUUCUCUCGUAACCGAAUCUCCAUUUCUCGCUUUACAAUCAAUUAUUUUUGGAAGAAAUAGAAAAAAGUCUGCUUCAAAUGAAUUUAUUUCUCAGAAGAACGAUAUAAUCGUCAAAGAAUACAAUAAUACGCAUGUUAAUAUUGUUUGCAGUUCUACUCUUAGUUUGCCACAGGAUAAGGAUUAAACGAAAUAUAUUUAUCGUCUAUAAAAAUCAUAUUCGACAAAAGAUAUCAAUUUUUAUUGCUAUAUAAACGACGAUAUCACAUAUUAAACUAUAAA